AUGGCGAUGAAUUAUUUGCUCCUCGCAAUUUCUAUGAUUAUUACAUUGAAUAAUUGCACUUCAUCAGCACUGCAUGGUGGGGAUACGCUUUUAAUGGGGGGUUCGCUCGCUGGAAAUCAGACCAUAACGUCAAAGAAUGGAACGUUUACGUUGGGGUUUUUCUCUCCGAGAGGAACGAGUAAUUGGUAUGUUGGCAUCUGGUAUGCACGAAUGUCUCCGAAGGUCACAGUUUGGGUGGCUAACAGAGAUAAUCCUGUCAGAAGUGUGCCUGGUGUCCUGAAAUUUUCAAGCGAAGGUCGUCUCAGACUGUUUGAUAGAGAAGGGCGUUCAGUGUGGUCGACUGAUGUUGGUCUGAAAGGAUCGUGGGCUAUGAUAACAGACCCUGGUAAUUUUAUCAUGCUGGGUCAUGGUCACAAUAAGUCAGAGAUAGUUUGGGAGAGUUUCGCUCAUCCGGGAGAUACAUGGUUGCCUGGCAUGAAGAUGUGGAAAGGCAUGAAGCUAACUUCGUGGAAGAGUUCUGUGGAUCCUGCAAUUGGGUUAUUUUCUUUCGAAAUGGACAAGUCUCCUGGAAAGACGGACAUGGUGUUGGUCUAUAACAACAGUGUUACAUAUUGGUCCAGUGGAGAAUGGACUGGGAGUUAUUUUGCAAACAUUCCCGAAGGGGAGGCUUAUACUCAAAAGAUAUUCAUAUUUUCCUUUGUGAGGGUUUCUCCUUCAAGAAUAAACUAUCAGUUUAGAGUAAUCACGUGGGGACAUAUAUUGACUGGGCGCGUAGUGUUAAAUGAGAAGGGUGAAUUAAAAAUUUACCUCUGGAUGGAUGAUGAUGCUUGGAAUGAGGCAUGGUCAUCACACCGAGGUCAAUGCAGUGAGCAUGAUAUCUGUGGGGCGUAUGGACUGUGUAAUCUGAAUGAUGUAUGUAGUUGUAUUGAGGGUUUCAUUCCCAAGCAAUACACUCAAGGUUUGUUGUCAAGUGGGUGUGCGCGGCGAAGAACCUUGCACUGCUCUAUCACCGCGGGCACCACCGACGGCUUCCUGGAAUCCAAGAACCGAAACUUGCCCGAAGAAGGAGCUGUCUCAUACAACAACGAGUCAACACUGCAAGGCUGCAGGACUGUUUGUCUCAACAAUUGCUCCUGUACAGCCUUUUCUUUCGUUAUCUCUGAUCUACCAGUCUGUAGACUCUGGUUUGGGGAUUUAUUCAUAAUGCGGGUUUCAUCUGACAACCAAUCCAUCUUCAUCAGGCUAGCUGUUUCUGAGUUGCCCCCCUCGAUGUCAAGCAGAAGCGACAAAACCCCUGUAGUUCUUAUUGUACUUCUUUCUGUCGUGGCUUUCCUGGUUGUCUCAUCUCUCCUUUUUGGCGCAUUUCUUAUGUGGAAACGUCGAAGACUGCGAAAGAAAGGCUUGGAAGAGGAUGUGCCGAUAUCUCUCAAAAUGUUCACUUACAAAGAGCUCCGAAUUGCAACGGAGAAUUUCAAGCACAAGCUGGGAAGCGGUGCAUUCGGUUCUGUGUUCAAAGGAACUCUGCCAGACAGCACGCUUGUGGCUGUUAAAAGAUUAGAGUGCUCUGCAGGAGCAGAAAAGCAAUUCCGUGGGGAAAUAAAUACCAUCGGGAGAAUACAGCAUGUGAAUUUGGUGAAGCUCUGGGGAUUCUGUGUAGAAGGCUCUCGAAGGCUACUGGUUUAUGCCUACAUGCCCAAUGGUUCUCUAAAUUCAUUUCUCUUCUGUGAAGAGGGAGAAGCAGAGACGGUUUUAUUGGAUUGGAAGACCCGUUUUGAGAUCGCACUGGGUACUGCGCGUGGAUUAGUUUAUCUCCAUGAGGAAUGCAAGGAUCGUAUCAUUCACUGUGAUAUAAAGCCUGAAAACAUUCUUUUGGACGGUGACUUCAGCCCGCAGAUAGCUGAUUUUGGUUUGGCAAAGCUGGUGGGCAGAGAUUUCAGUCGUGUAUUGACGACCACAAGAGGAACUCGAGGGUACUUGGCCCCCGAGUGGAUCUCCGGCCUUCCUAUCACUUCCAAGGUGGACGUAUACAGUUUUGGUAUGACAUUGCUGGAAAUUUUAUCCGGUCGUAGAAAUUUGGACUUGAAGGUGGAGAAGAGCAGAUUGUACUUUCCUACCUGGGCUUUAUCACAGAUUGGGGGAGGAAACAUAAUAGGUGUUGUGGAUGUAAGAAUAGCAAGUGAGGCGAAUAUCGAAGAGGUGAGAAGAGCAGCAGUGGUGGCGGGGCUAUGCAUUCAAGACGAUGAAAAUAGGAGGCCAAGCAUGGGUGAAGUGGUGAGGAUAUUAGAGGGGACGAUGGAAGCUCCUGUGCCAGAGAUUCCAAGGUCCCUACAGGUGUUGGUAGAUCAAGUAGAAGACGACGAAACUGCUCAAACUCCUGGGAUGUUAUUAAGCAGUUCUAUGCCCACGUAA